UGUAUCCUAUUACGUAAUAACUGCAAUCCAUCUUAGCCAAACACUGAAUUAUUUUAAUUACAUAUUUCUAGGCGACAUUUGUUUUCAGUUUUUGUAAAGAGUCUCAGUACAUGCAGUAGUCAUCAUCUUGAUUAAUCAUAGGAAAUUUUUAGAUUGACGUUAGAGUGUAGUCAAAAGGGUGUGAUUUGUUUGUGUUGUGCAUGGUCGUUUGGUCUGGUGACAGUUCGACUUUUUUUUCUUAUUGCAUAAGGGAGAUAUAUUUUUUGUAAUAUUUAGUGCAGCAUUGAUUCAAAAUGUUAGCACUUAUUAAUCGUAUUUUGGAUUGGUUUAAAAGUUUGUUUUGGAAAGAAGAAAUGGAAUUAACACUAGUGGGUUUACAGUAUUCAGGAAAAACAACUUUCGUGAAUGUCAUAGCGUCUGGCCAAUUCAGCGAAGACAUGAUACCCACAGUAGGAUUCAACAUGCGGAAAAUCACAAAAGGAAAUGUGACCAUCAAAGUAUGGGACAUUGGUGGACAACCUAGGUUCAGGUCAAUGUGGGAGAGGUAUUGCAGAGGAGUUAAUGCAAUUGUCUACAUGGUGGAUGCAGCCGACCCAGAGAAGAUGGAGGCAUCUCGGAAUGAACUGCAUCACCUGCUGGACAAGCCCCAGUUGACUGGCAUCCCGGUCCUUGUGCUGGGGAACAAGCGAGACCUGCCGCAUGCUCUGGAUGAGAACGGCCUCAUUGAACGAAUGAACCUGUCUGCUAUCCAGGACCGGGAAAUCUGCUGCUAUUCGAUAUCGUGCAAGGAGAAGGAUAACAUCGACAUAACACUUCAGUGGCUGAUCGCACAUUCCAAGUCAGGCGUGCGUUAGUCCAUCCCUACCUUGUGAAAUGGCUGUUGAGGCUUAUGACUGAUUGUAUGAAGUGAGGAAAUGCUGAGACAAGCCUAGUCCUGUAAAAUAUCAACUUACAAGAAAUGUCUUGAAUUUGUAUUUAGUACUGUUGGAUCUUUUCUGCAUUCGUAUAUAUACAUAUAUUGUGCAAAUGAUUUUUCCGGUCAUUUAAGUUGUGUGUUGACUGUUUCGAUUAAACACACAUAUCUGCUUUAAAGUUAACGCUAGACUUAUGGCCUGCAGUAUGGAGACUUUGUAAGUCAUAUCUGUUGUCAUGCCUGUGUCUUGUGUUCAUUUACAUUCAUGUAUGUCUGUAAUGUAAAGAAUACCUACUCCUUCUAUACAAAUGAACUUCAGUUUAUCGUACAGAUAAUUAUUUACUUUUGAGAAUAGCAAAUUAGGUGAUGCAACAAAUUUUAGGUAAAUCUAGACAUAAUUAUGAAGAAUGUUCAUAAGAAUUAUUCUAUGUACUAAGAGUUUAACAAAUUCAUAUUAUAAUGAUAAUUUUUUGUGUUCAUGGGAUAAAAUAUCAGACCUAAUUUGAGCUUGUAAUUAGGGAGUUCAUAUGCAAAUGUUAUCAUUUGUCACACCUUCUUAGCCAGUAUCUCUUGUUUUUGUGCAUUUACAAACUGUUGACUUUCAAAGGGGAUUUAAAAGUGGUGAUGGUAUUAUGUGACUUUCUGAUUUAUAUCUAAAAUUGCAUAGAUUAUUCUCUAAAAACGAAUGCUUUUAUUACUGUCUAUGAUCUUAACACAAUUACUUUGUUAUUAUUUAUUUAAAGAAAUGUUUGUUUACAGCAGUUUUGUUUUUAUAUUUCUUUAUUUUUAAUAAAAAUGUUACAUGUAUUUUGAA